CCGGCGGCGGCCGUUCUGUGUAAGAUGGCGGACCGGCGGCGGCAGCGCGCCUCGCAGGACACGGAGGAUGAGGAGUCGGGGGCUUCGGGCUCGGACAGCGGCGGCUCCCCGGCGCGCGGCGGCGGCGGCGGCAGCGGCAGCGGCAGCGGCAGCGGCUCCCUGCCUUCGCAGCGCGGCGGCCGAGCCGGGGCCCUGCAUCUGCGGCGGGUGGAGAGCGGGGGCGCCCAGAGCGCCGAGGAGUCGGAGUGUGAGAGUGAAGAUGGCAUCGAGGGCGAUGCUGUUCUCUCAGAUUAUGAAAGUGCUGAAGACUCAGAAGGUGAAGAGGAAUACAGUGAAGAGGAAAACUCCAAAGUGGAGUUGAAGUCAGAAGCUAAUGAUGCUGUUAAUUCAACAAAAGAAGAGAAGGGGGAAGACAAGCAUGACACCAAAGGCACUGUGACUGGAGAGAGGCAAAGUGGGGAUGGACAGGAGAGCACAGAGCCUGUGGAGAAUAAAAUGGGUAAAAAGGGUCCCAAGCAUUUGGAUGAUGAUGAAGACAGGAAGAAUCCAGCGUACAUACCCCGGAAAGGGCUCUUCUUUGAGCAUGAUCUUCGAGGCCAAACUCAGGAGGAAGAAGUCAGACCCAAGGGGCGUCAGCGGAAGCUAUGGAAGGAUGAGGGCCGCUGGGAGCAUGACAAGUUUCGGGAAGAUGAGCAGGCCCCGAAGUCCCGCCAGGAGCUCAUUGCUCUUUAUGGCUAUGAUAUCCGCUCAGCUCAUAACCCUGAUGACAUUAAACCUCGAAGAAUCCGGAAACCCAGAUAUGGAAGCCCUCCGCAAAGAGAUCCAAACUGGAUUGGUGAGCGGUCCAAUAAGUCCCACCGCCACCAAGGUCCUGGGGGCACUCUACCGCCAAGGACAUUUAUUAACAGGAACGCUGCAGGUACUGGCCGCAUGUCUGCACCCAGGAAUUACUCUCGAUCUGGGGGCUUCAAAGAAGGUCGUGCUGGCUUUCGGCCUAUGGAGGCUGGGGGGCAGCAUGGAGGCCGGUCUGGUGAGACUGCUAAGCAUGAAACUGGUUACCGGUCCCGGCGCCUGGAGCAGACUCCCGUGAGGGAUCCGUCUCCCGAAGCAGAUACCCCAGAGCUUGGUGGUCCUGAGAAGGAGGAGGCAGCCUCUGAGACACCAGCCACGGCUCCUGAACCUGUACCACCGGCUCCUGACAGACCUGUCGAGAAGAAAUCCUACUCCCGGGCGAGAAGAACCCGCACCAAAGUAGGAGAUGCUGGCAAAAUUGCAGAGGAGGUGCCCCCUCCACCUGAAGGGCUGCCCCCAGCUCCUGCAGUUCCAGAGACCACCCCUCCUCCACCUGCUAAGACUGGAAACUGGGAGGCUCCCGUGGAUUCUACCAGCGGACUGGAACAAGAUGUAGCACAAUUAAAUAUAGCAGAGCAGAGUUGGAAUCCAGGCCAGCCUUCAUUCGUGCCGCCCCGGGAGCUUCGAGGUAUGCCCAACCACAUACACAUGGGAGCAGGACCUCCACCUCAGUUUAACCGGAUGGAAGAAAUGGGUGUUCAGGGUGGUCGAGCCAAACGGUAUUCAUCUCAGAGACAGAGACCUGUUCCAGAGCCCCCUGCUCCCCCUGUGCACAUCAGCAUCAUGGAAGGACAUUACUAUGACCCACUGCAGUUCCAGGGACCAAUCUAUACCCAUGGUGACAGCCCUGCCCCACUGCCUCCACAAGGCAUGAUUGUGCAGCCAGAAAUGCACCUUCCCCACCCAGGUUUACAUCCCCACCAGACACCAGCGCCUCUGCCCAAUCCGGGCCUCUAUCCCCCACCAGUGUCCAUGUCUCCAGGACAGCCACCGCCUCAACAGUUGCUUGCUCCCACUUACUUUUCUGCCCCAGGGGUCAUGAACUUUGGUAAUCCCAGUUAUCCUUAUGCUCCAGGGGCACUGCCCCCUCCACCACCUCCUCCUCAUCUGUAUCCUAAUACGCAGGCCCCAUCACAGGUGUAUGGGGGAGUGACCUACUAUAACCCAGCCCAGCAACAGGUGCAGCCAAAGCCCUCCCCACCACGGAGAACCCCCCAGCCCGUCACCAUCAAGCCCCCUCCACCUGAGGUUGUAAGCAGGGGUUCCAGUUAAUAUUAAGUUUCUGAAUAUUUUAAAACUAACAUCAUAUAAAAAACAUAAAGGUGAGAACUCAGAAGAGAAAUACAACUGGCUGUCCACUCCAGGUGGGCUACCAAAGUACAGGGUGGCUCCUACCAGCGACAGCUGAAGGAGGAAGACCCACGCCUUCCUCUGAGGACAGGCUCAUUGGAGAGGGGGAGAAACGAUGGACUUCCUCCCACCUGCGCUCUUUACUUGAGGCGGCUGUACUCAGGGGAGCGGAGAUCCAGGCAGCCCAGGCUUCCGAGUCUACAUCCAGAACUCCACAUCUUUCUGCUUGACUUUGUCCUGGGAAAUUCAAGUGUCUUCUGUUCCCAGGGAAGUUCCUUCCUGUUUUUGUUUUGUUUUGUUUUGUUUUCGGAUAUAUUCAUUUUUAAAGUCUAGCUUGCUGUUCUUAAGUUAAUAUUCUAUUUCUUUAGGUUGUUUUGCUUGUCUGUUGCUCUCUUUUUCUUCCCUGCAAAUGAACCAAAUUUGUUCUGGUUUGCUUACCGCUUCAGGCUCCUUUUUAAUUCUUCCCUGCAGCCCAGAUAAUGGAGAACAAAUCAGCCAGGCUUUCCCAAAUCUCAGCUGGCGUUUUUUUUUGUUUUUUGUUUUUUUUUUUUAGCCUUGGCUGUUCACUUGUAAACUUGGAUUUUUAGCUCCUCUAACCCCAUAUAAGCAAAGUUGUCUAUAUAGUGCAUCCCAUGGUCAAGAAAGCUCAGAGGGAGUGAGUAGGACCCUUUCUUUUUGGCUUAGUUUUUCUACAAGUCUGAGCCUCUGUUAGUACCUGUAAUCUGGUGGGCUUUGGUCCUCUGUUUAGGGCAAAGUCUGUACUGUGGGAGAUGACCAGCCAGAUGCAUUUGUAAGCAAGAGAGGGCGGGGUGAACCUUUGCACUUUAGGGGUAUCUGUUUGCACAGUGCUCAGGGCUCCAUCUUGGAGGUAAGUGAGAUCAGAGGGCCCUGCUUCUCUUUUGUCCUGCAUCCCCUUUCAAGUUGCUGUGGACCAGUGCAUCUCUCUGAGAGGCAAAUAUUACCCAGCAAGUAACUUAUCUUGUCCAUUGCCAUUCUUUGCUCUUCUCCAUGUCUUUCCUGCUACACAUGUCCUAGAUGUGCUCCUGAUCUUGUAAGCAAGUACUACACCUGGGCUUUAAGGUUUAAGGAAGCCAGUCACCACCUGGGCUAGGGCUCCCUCCUGUCCAUGGCACUGAACCACUCCCCUGCUGCCUCUACAGAAAAGAUUCCUGUGACUGGACCACUUGUGUCUGCCUGGGGUGUUUUGGCCACUGUCCUUGAUGUCUGUAUCUCUUCCCCAAUAGUGUCACUGUCUGUUGUUACUCUUUUCCUCCAGCAGAGUCACAGGUGUGGGGUGGGGGGCGGGAGGGACACUUAAAGCUGUAACUCCCCGCCUUACCACCACCACCAGGAGGAAACUAUAUUCUCCUAGGGGUAGCUGGUGAUUGUGCCUUUUGUAGGCUUCCCUUUGCCUUAAACCUGAAGAUGUCUCCUCAAGCCUGUGGGCAGCAUGCCCAGAUCCCCAGACCUUAUGACACUGUGACAGUUGUCUCUGUUGGUCCACUGUGUUCAGUUGCAAGGAUUUCUCCCUAUGUGUUGUUGUGGUUUUUUUGUUGUUACAGUUUUGAAGGGUGCACAUUUAUGAUCUGCAUUGUGACUUGGAGAUAAUAAAAUUUAGACUACAAAUUUUUUUUUUUUUUUUUUUUUUGCCAGUAUGUUCUUGAGUGUUUAUUUGGGUGGAAAGGAGGAUUCCCUAAAUCCUUACAAAGUCACAGUCAUAUCUCAAACCACCUCAGAAUUGUCACGUGG